GUAAAAAAUCUUACAUGCCAAAAAUGGACCGAUUUUCUCUUAUUAUUUUCUGCUUUCUUGUGGCAUCAAUCCUCUUCAUAGCUGGAGUUCAAAGUGGCACUGCACAGAGCAAAGGCCAAAAUUCUAAGCAUUCAUCACCUACUGCUCCAAGUCAAGGGCAGAAGAAUCCACCCCCGGCUCACCAAAAUUCUCCAUCUAAUUCAGGGAAACGCCCUGAAGUUUGUAGUAAUUAUGCUGCACUUAACAGAAAUCCAAAAGUUACCGAGGAUUGCUAUCCUAGAAAACCUAUCAGGUGUUCGGGCCGAGGAUGCGGCUGAGGAACUAAGAGCAAGCAACAAUAGAACAAAAGCUUAACCACCCCUUUAGUUUUUUUUGCUGCUUUGUUUUUUAAGUUAGUUUUUGGAAGCAUCCAUAUUUUGUAAGUUGUUCUUCUAUUUCGAUUUGCCCAAGAAAAGGGCAGUUUGGCA